UGAACAUGUGUACAUUUGACACACGUAUCCUGAUUGGUUGAAUGAUCGAAUUAGUUGUUACAACAUUUGGCUGCGUUCCGAUAUUCACUGCCAGUACUGAAAAUCUAUAGCACAUGUGUGACGUGGAAUAUAGAUUUUUGGUACUGGCAGUAAAUAUCGAAACACAGAUAUUACAUGCUGUGAGCUGUGAUUAGUAUUGUGAUCGUUCGUGCGACAUAUAUUUCGUCAUCCACUGCGCUGACGUCCGUUUCCGAGGUUUGGUUGAAUCACGAGUAAAUUAUGGCAUCGAUUGUUAUACCGGCGACAUUGCGAUUUAAUCGCGUGAUUGUUGAAAGUUUAUAUCAUGUAAAUAAAAGAAGCAUACGUAGAGCGUCAGUUUCUGCUUUCUCUUGGCAGAAAAGACAUUAUGGUACGGCGGAAGAGAAGAAACCAGAUACCAGUAAUAUACCUCCACCAGAGGAACUCACAGAAAAUGAAAAGAAGCUAAAGAUAAAACUGGAGCUCCUCAACAAGGAACUUGCAGAAGUAAAAGAAUCUAAAAAUAUACUGGAUGAUAAAUAUAAGAGAGCACUAGCUGAAGGAGAAAAUAUCAGAAUUAGACUCACUAAGCAGAUUAACGAUGCCAAACUUUUUGGUAUCCAAGCAUUCUGUAAAGAUCUCUUAGAUGUAGCUGAUAUAUUAGGGAAAGCUACUGAAAGUGUACCAAAGGAUGAAAUAUCAGAAAAAAAUCCACAUCUCAAGAGUUUGUAUGAAGGAUUAACAAUGACUGAAGCUCAACUGCUUAAAGUCUUUCAGAAACAUGGUGUAGUUUCAAUUAAUCCAAUAAAUGAACAAUUUGAUCCUAAUGAGCAUGAAGCAUUGUUUCAGCAAGAGGUUGAGGGCAAAAAACCUGGAACAAUUGUAGUUGUGUCAAAAAUAGGUUACAAAUUGCACGAAAGGAUAGUGAGACCAGCAUUAGUGGGUGUUGCUAAAGGAUAAACAUCUGAUGUAAAGGAGUGAUGAUUGUUUCUGCGGAAAAUGAUGAACUCCAGAACAAAACGAGAAACCGGCAUGAGAACUUGAUCCACGAAGGCAGACUACUAUUCAUAGAUCACACAGCAAUCAUGAUUCAGCUUCAACAUCGACGAUUUAUAUGACAAACUUUCACUGUUCUCAUCUUAUUAUGCUAUAGCAGACAGUCAUCCAAACAAAUUCUUGUCUCUCUCGACAAGAUACGCCUGAUCACUUCUCGCAAAGACAAACACAUUUGCUUGAUCGCCAGAUGAACGUAUCUUUCGAGAAAGUUUACAAAUUGGUAUUUCAAGAUACAACCGAUUUGGAAUAAGUUUAAUUUAAUACGUAAGCUGUUGCUUUAAAAGCAAAAGCAUUUUGCAUAACUUGUUACACGAAGUGUUCUGAAUGAGGUGUGUAAAGGUAUAAAAAUAGACUAUAGAUAUAUAGAGUAGUAAGAAUAUUUUUUUUGCAUCAUCUUUC